AUGAAUGCCUUUAGUGUCUAUAUGUACGGUGCUCCUUGUUUGUUGAUCUUGUGUUAUGCUGCUUCCAUGUGUAGGAGAGACUGCAGUUUUGCACCGUUUGCUAAUGAUUUUCACUUGGUCCAACAGUGUGUCUAUAGUUCAAUGCCCAUAUCCUCGCACCAAGCGGUUGCCUCGGCCGAUGAGCUUCUAGCCAUUUUCACAGUGAUCGCCCACUCCGCAGAUGAAGCAGUGUUCUCCAACCUCGGAUAUGCGUAUCCUGUAGUGUUAAUUCGCAUAACACAUUACGCUGGUCACUUUUCUAGUUGA